AUGCCAACAAGUAUAGCUAAAGAAGUUGCGGCUCACGCUGCAGUUAAUGAAAAUAUUCGUAAUAAUAUACAUAUUAUUGGUAUUGGAUCAGGCUCCACAAUUAUUCCAGCAGUACAAAAAAUUGCGGAAAUCGUCCAUAAAGACAACCUUGAUUUAAUUUGUAUUCCGACUUCAUUACAAGCUCGUGAACUUAUUCUCUCCAAUGGUUUAAAAUUGGCUAGUCUUGCUGAAUAUCAAGAGCUUGAUCUUGCAAUUGAUGGUGCUGAUGAAAUAGAUGCUCAAUUUAAUUGUAUAAAAGGUGGUGGUGGAUGUCAAACACAAGAGAAACUGGUUGCUUUUUGUGCAAAGAAAUUUAUUGUUGUUGCUGAUGAAAAAAAAUGGUCAACAAGUUUAGGUGAUAAAUGGCAAAAAGGCAUUCCAAUUGAAGUUAUGCAAAUAGCAUAUAAAGUAACAAAAAGAGAAAUUGAAAAGCAACUUGGUGGUGAAGUUAAUGUUCGUGAAGGUACAGAAAAAGUGGGUCCAGUAUUAACUGAUCAAGGAAAUUUUAUUCUCGAUUGGAAAUUUGAUGCAUCAAAAAUUUCAAAUUGGUUAGAUGUUAAUCGAAUAUUGAAAAUGAUUCCUGGUGUUGUUGAAACAGGUUUAUUUGUGAACAUGAUCUAUAAAGCAUAUUUGGGUAGUAAUGAAGGCAAAGUUGAAGUUAAAACAAAUCCUGCAAUAUCUUCAUAA